AUGGCCCCUGAUUUGAAGGAAUAUGAUGAAGAGCAAGUGCGUCUCAUGGAGGAAAUGUGCAUUGUUGUAGACGAAAACGACAAACGCGUUGGCGCUGACUCGAAAAAGACAUGCCAUUUGAUGACCAACAUUGACACUGGCCUCUUGCAUCGUGCCUUCAGUGUCUUUUUGUUCAACUCUGAAAACAAGCUUUUGCUUCAACAGCGUGCCACCGAAAAGAUCACUUUCCCUGACAUGUGGACAAACACUUGUUGCUCUCACCCUUUGAACACUGCUUCUGAAUUGAUUGAAGAGGAUCAACUCGGUGUUCGCAACGCUGCUCAGCGUAAAUUAGAACAUGAACUUGGCAUCAAGCCCGAGCAAGUGCCCCUCGAUAAGUUCAAGUACUUGACGAGAAUUCAUUAUUUGGCCCCCAGUGAUGGUCAAUGGGGAGAACAUGAAGUGGAUUAUAUCCUCUUUAUGAAGGCAAAUGUCGAUUUAGAUGUCAAUCCCAACGAAAUCCGCGAUGUUAGAUAUGUCACUCCUGAAGAACUCAAGGCCAUGUUUGCUGACAGCAGCGUUCCAAUGACACCUUGGUUCAAGCUCAUCUGUAACUCCUUCUUGUUCAAAUGGUGGGAUCAACUUGACACCAUUGAGAAUGUCAAGGCCGAUGAUACCAUUCAUCGUUUAGGCUUCUAA